UUUAGACGCUGCAUCUCACAGUAUGGACGUCCAUCAUCACUAUACUUGUCCCUGCAAACCACCCCAGACCAUGGAUCCAACCGGCCUGCUGCCGCAUAACAAUCCACUUUACGAUGAAGACUCGGCCACGGAUAGCUCCGCCGUGGUAACUAUAUCCAGCUCACCAGUAUCACGGAUGGCGGACAUCACGGUCAUGGGUGGCUCCCUGCCUCAAUCCCCGGAGCUCUGGGCCGACUUCAUGUAUUCCGACUACCCCUACCAUGCCGCCACCGCGUGCGGCCUUUCGCCGCUCACCUCGUCACCACACGAUGCCCUGACCGACCAGAGGCCGGAUGACCCGUUGGCAGUCGGACUGGACCCAUUGCUGGUGCCCGUAACGAGUCUGCCUGAUCUCGAUCUCUCGGCCGGGGGGCUGAUCCCCUCCAUGAUGGCGCCGAUGCUACCGCCGGAGAUCAAUGAUUCGCAUUCCUCAUUCUCGCAAUCGGCCGCUUUUCCGUCAUCAAAAGCUCGGCGACGGGGCUGGCUGAGUCCCGGCGCGGAAGAGUCUGGCGGGGAUGAUCGCUCCCUCUCGCCCGCCGGAGAGGAAGGACGACUGCAGGAGAGGCGACGCCGCAAUAAACUGGCGUCGCGAAGGCUGCGGCAGAAGCACCUGGACCAUGUGGCCGAUUUGGAGUCCCGGUUAGAGGCGAUGACGCAGGAGCGCGACGGGUUGCGACUGCGCGUGGCAAAGUGGGAAGGGGAAGCGAUGGCUCUGAGGAAGUUGCUGGAGAAUCGAACGAAUGGCUGAGGACGUCAGGGCAUAUGACUGACACGAAGCCGUCAAAUGUACCCUAAUGUGAAUGUAUCGGACAAUCCAGGACCAUCCGGUGAAUGUAAAUGGC